AUGGCACCAGUGGAAGUAAGUUUCGUGCAAAAUCUUUUAAAAAGCCCGAUUUCACUUGAAGAUAAACUUUUAAUUAAGAAAAAAGGAGGACAUAUUUCCGAUCUUCGAAUACACUACACUUCCGCAGAUUGUCUGAACGACGAGCCCAAGGACACGCUGUAUCCUUUUAGAAACGUCCUGCCCGGAACCAUCUACGAUACCGAUGCGCAAUGCAGCCUUCUGCUACCCAAAUCGUAUGGAACGUGCAGCAGCGGAAGCGACAAUUUCUGCGAGUUGCUGGUCUGCAGAGUCUCUCCCACGACCUGCUGGUCCAAAGAUGAACCCGUUGCUGAUGGCACCAAGUGCGGCGAAAACAAGUGGUGUUAUCGUAAAGAGUGCAUCGAAAUUGGAGAACGCCCCGAAGCGGUUAAUGGAGGAUGGGGCGAAUGGUCCUCUUGGACGUCGUGUUCCCGGACUUGUGGUAUGGGGGUUUCAAUAGCAGAAAGAGAUUGCAACAAUCCUGCACCACAGAAUAGGGGGCGCUACUGUUUGGGGGAGAGAAAAAAAACGAAGACAUGUAACCCAGAAGCAUACGCCAUAGAGACCCUUCAAACCCAUAGAUAUUUGUAUCGAAAUGUGUGGUGUUUCUAUAGGGUGUAUCGGUACCCACACAGAACACGCUAUCCAAUAACAUCCAUGCCUUUUACGAUAUCCAUUGGAUAUCCAAUGGAUAUCCAUACUGGAUGUUCAAAAAAAUAG